UGAUGUAAAUAUACUGUAAUUUGCGAAUUUGCUGCUUCCUUUUAAAAAAUGGGAAAAUCUAUCGAACAAAAAUAUUCCGACGUAAGCCAUCGAAUAAUCAAAAAAUCGGUUAAAAAGGAGAAGCACGUUAAAAAGUCGCCUAGGGACGUAAUAUCGAUCAAAAGGAAAUUACCUUCCAUCGAAGACAACGACCAACCGAGCGUCAAAUUAGUCAGAACCGAAAAUGUAGGUGCUCGAGAAAAGCCUGCGCUUGAUCUAUCUCAGAUCACACUUAAAAACCAGGAUGAAGUAAACUGUUCUCAAAUUUACGCAGCGCAUUGUUGUGGUUGUGUCCGUUUGGAAAUUACCGACAGCAAUAGCAGGGACUUAUUUUUACAUGAUGAACUAUCCGAUAGCUAUGAGAACUACAUAAACAAUGAUUUCGGGUUUCAAAUCGUGGAUGAAAUAAGCCUAGAGGGCCUUGAUGGAAUUACGAUCGAAGCUUUCUGGAAACGUCUGUCAGUAGGUUUCAAACGAAUGACUUAUAUUAGCGAUGACUUGAAACAGUCUAUUUGGAGGCUUAUUUGCAGCAAGAGGAAUUUACAGUUUUUCAAAUUGCCUAAUCCACGGGGCGUGCUUGACAUAUACGACCGUUUGAAAUACCUCGAUGCAGACAUCGGAGUAGUAAUGGAACUAGCUUUUGAACUGCCUGACAUUUACCCUCACGAAUUGGUGAAUGAUGACGAUGUUCAAGGAUCAUGUUCGACGUUUAAGACUAGGACCGAUAUAACCAUGGAAGUUAAGGAUUUGGAUUUAAAAACUGCGGAGCAAAAGUUUGGCACUAGUCUGGCGAUAGUUGCCAAUCAAACGUUGAGGAAGAAAGCUUUAAUUUGGGAAUCCGCCGACCCCAUUGCCGAACUAGUGAACAUGGAGUACUGUAUCCUCGAACGAAUAGGCAGGUCGAGGCGACACGGCGAGCUGACCCAAGGCAACAUGUCCAUAGGCUCCCACUUCAAGAUGGACCCGAAGUCAGUGUACCACUACAAGAAACAACUGGUCCAAUACGACCUCUUGGCGAAACAGUUCUUUUACAUAAAAUCCGCGGUCAUCGAUCAGAACAAGACGGGGAAAUUGCUCCACUUGAAACGGUUCUAUCACAAGAUCAAGCCCAAACAGCUGCUCCUCGCCGAACAGAUCGUCAACGUGAUGAAGGAACGACCCGAUUGCAGGAUAGAAUUCAGCGAACUGAAGAAGAUAUUCGAGGAGUUCGCGCAGCCCGUGGCGAAGGUCAUCAAAUCUCCCGAGUUUCGUAAAUACAUCAAAACGGAGCUUGUUUGCUACAGAGAUAUUUAUCCAAACGCUGAGAAAACAGAGUACAUGCGGAAAUCGAAACCCAUAGAAAAGUUUAUUAAGUGCGUGGAGCUGAUCAACCCUCAUGUUAAUAUCACGGCGAGCUGGAGUACGGAUCAGGACGAUUCUGACGAUGACAAUGACGACGGGGAAGAGGAAAGCACAGGGGGUAGAAUACACAACAUGGAAUGUUUCAAGGAGGUGUACUACCACAUAAUGGGUAAGGGUAAAAACGGUUGUACCUCACAAGAGAUCCAGAAGUUGAUGGGGGUGGACAGCAACACCAUAAGGAUGUGCAUGAAGAAGCUGGUCACUAGUAACAUCGUCACUGUCAAGAAGUUCGAUCAAGGCAAACAGCGGCACCUUAUAUAUUACGCUAGAUUCUUAGAACCGGAGAACGUUAGGGUAAAGGAAGACCCACAACCGCCAAAACCGACAAAUAACGUUUUAGAAAAACUUAAGCAGCGUCAGAGAGCUGCCAUAGAAAAAUCGAACCAAACUCCCGCAGGAAAAGGUGAAGCUUCUAUAAAAACAAUGUUGGAUUUUAAUUGGAACUUGGAAAGAAUCGUUCCUAAAUUAACGUGCCAUUUUUUCAUAAGAAAUCUUCAGAAUUUAAUUUGUUCAGAGAAAGAUACGUCGAUAAUUACCGAGUUUAUUCCCAUGGAAAAGAAUUUCCUUGUAAAAUUGAACACUCGGUUUCCUAAAACCGACUGGAUAUUCGAGAUUAACAAAGUGUUGAACGAAAUCAGCUGCGACAUCAUCGUGAAGGAAUUUAAGGCCAAUUUAAACCCGGACUCCGUAAUAACGCCGAAAAACGACACAAACUACUUGACCAAAUUGAUCCUACUGAAAGCCUCGUUCGGCGAUAUCGCGAUAAACGCAACCACCUUGAACUGUUUCACACGUAAACGUCAACAAGUGAACGUACCGGUGCUGUCGGAUAUGGACAGGGGGAAAUCGAAAAUGGGCAACACCAAGUUACAGUACAUGGGUGCUGAACCCAUGACCGUCUUUAACGAUAAGGACAACGGCGUUUGCGUAGAAAUUUCCGUUUCUACGCCGCCUCCCGCUUUUAAAAACGACGUUAAUUAUCCCAAUUCUAAGGAUUUAUCGGAGCGGGUGGUGUCUAGGAUAAGGAUAAUCCUGAGGGUUGUCUACGAGAAGAAAAUUUUCGAGGAAGUGUUCAAGCUGAUCAAGGUCGUCGAAGAGGAAGAGUUGAAAGAAGGGUACACGAAGAAAAUGGACAGAAAAUCCUUGUCCAGGAUCCUAAAGCGACUAGUAGAUGAAGGGUACCUAAAAAUUUACAAGCUAACGAUUUCCGAUGACAAAUUAACCAAAGUCCAGACCUUUGUAUGUCACCCGUCCAUCAACCACACCGACAGCCUGAUUAUGUCCGCGUGCCAGCAGCUGAAGUGGAAGUACUUCGUCGGCGCCCACAAAAAGUCCACAAAGACCAACGUACCGACGAUCCAGAAGAACUUGGAGGCGAAGAUACAGAAGACGGUGUCGCCAUUCAACCAGUCGGACGUUAUGAGCAGCGUCUUGGAACUGAAGGAGCUGAACAGGCUGAAACGGGCCGAGGCCACCUACAAGCCUAGCCGUCUUGCGGGUAAAACGUAUGGUUUCAAGCCCAAGUUCAUAAGGAUGCGUAUAAUCCACGAGUUCCUUCACUACCUCAUUUACGCCUACGAUAGGGACACCAAACCGCUAACGGAACUGGAGGUGGAGAACUUGUUCGAGAGCUACCGGAUAAACGUCACGAAGGAAGACCUGAGGCAGAUCCCCAGCGUCUACUGCAGCGACAUCAACUGGAAGAUGUUCAUCCCCCCCUUACCGCAUCACGGAGGUUGGAUGGCGGGGUGGGCGUUGAUGUGCGACAUAAUCUUAAGGUUGCCCAUCUCGGUGCUAUGUAAGAUCCACAACGUGGCGUACGACGUGCCCGAACUCCUAGAGAUCCUCAAUCACUCCAUAAAACGGUUUUAUUUGGUGAAGGACUUGCCGGAAGGGGUGCGCAUGGCGGUGCUCUCCAAACGUAAAUACCUCUUCAACAUACACGAUUCGAUGUGCAGGCUCGCCUGGUGUGGACUCGUCCAGUUCGGGCCGCAGAAGUACAAGGAGAAGGAUCAGGUGUUCAUAUUCCUGAACCGGAUGGCUUCGCUGUACGACACCGUUUCCAGCGAGCCCGCUUACAACAAGAUCACCAACAAGGAGUACAGGAAGCUGGCAUUCUACUUCAACAGCCAGGCCGAUAUUGAUAGUUACUGGUACAACGCGUACGGGAUAUGUUUAAGUACGAAACUGAACUCAAAGCAAGGCGGUCAGCUGGUGACGAUUUUUGAUCCCCAGUCCAGACCCGAACUGAUCAAGGCCCUGAAAUCAAAGACGCCCGAAGAAGCCUUAAAGGAUGACAACGGCGAGAUACCGGGCGACAAGAGAGGCGCCUCGGGAUUCGACUCAUCCCUAUGGUCGCACAUAAUGAAGAACUGGUUCUGGGCACCGAACCAGAAAAACGCGGGAAACAAACCUGCGCUCAGCCCAGGCCUGCGGAAAGAAAAACUAGAAAUGGUCCUUCCGAAGAACUUAUCGUAUAACGAGCUAAACACGAUCGGGCAGACCAACAAAAUCUACCUCCACAAAACCAAGGAGGGUAAGGAGACGAAGCCGAAGCUGAGGAAGUACGUUCACGUCCCGUUGAAACCGUCCAAAACCGUCCAGAAAAUCACCAGGCGGAUCCCGUUCAGAGCGAAGUUCGCCAAGAGGCAGUACACCGAUCCCCUCGACAAAGUCAUCCUCAAAAGGAUCGGGGUCAACGUGAGGGUCAAGUGGAACCACAAAGAAGACAGGGUGUUGCUGUUGAGCCUGGCGGCUUGCAUAUUUCUGAACCCGAGGUUCCCUAGGAAACAGUCCGUGCCGUAUAGUGUCGUACGGGACGUUUUACACAGGCUAAACCCGGAUAGCAGGAACAAAACUUCAAAGGCGGUCCAGCGUCGGAUGAAGAUCCACCUCGCCCCAAGGCACCGGUACCUAGAGGACAACGUGUUGAACCUACUGGAGUUGAAACCGAUUUCCGAGUACUUCACGACGUUGGUGAAUAAUUUAACGAACGAGAAGAGCAGUCACAAGUCCGUCAAGUACACCGAAGCUCAGUUAUCGACGGCUUACAUCAUACUGAUGUCUUACCUGGUGAAACACCAACAAGACAUCGAGAAUAUUCUUCAAGGUAACUUGAUGAACAUCGACUAUUUAACUGGGGAUCGUCUAGAUAGCACGAAGAAGAAUGUGGUGCCCCUAGAAGAAGGCCUUCUGAAAUAUAAAGACGUCGAAAAUGAAGACGACAUCAAACGGGACGUUUUGAAAUCCGUUAUUCACAGUUCUCUGGGAUGUACGAACAGACCAGGUUGGACCUUCCAGUUAUUCAAAAUCUAUCAGAAAUACUCCGACAACCUAAUCUGCGAAGCCUUGGCGGAGCUAAAACGCACCCAGGCGAUAUCUUUCAAUAAAUUCGUGACGAAAAAGGCGAAAAACCGUUGGCACACCCCCUUCCAGCUAUCCAAUUUAUACGUAAUUUCGCAAUCUAGUACUUUCAGCAACACCACCGCGAUCGAGGCCUACAAGACCUUCUUGAAUUUGAAGGAAAAUAAGAAAUUGCUCGACUUUUCACAAGAAACGAUAGAAUCGAAGAAGUACGGGCAACUUUUGGGACUGAACGAGUUUUGUUCCUUCUGGGACAAGGUACGGUUUAACUUCUACCUGCCUCGGACCAUGGUUAUAUUGAACCCGCACGUUAAAGACCACGGCGAGCUGGUGGAUGAACUGGCGGCGCGUUGGCUAGCAAAACUGAAAAAAAUGUUUCAGGACAACACCGAGACGGAGUUAGAACAGGACAACGAUGGCGAAAACAGAUCGAAAUCGCACGACUACGACGGACCUUCCACGUCAAAAGAAGAAGAAACGAUAUCGGACCAAAGACACACCAUCACUUUAAAUGACAACCAGAACAACCCGUUAGAUUUGACGGUCGAUGACGGCAACUCGGAAACGAUCGAUCGCCUGAAAACUUGGUUGACGGACUGCAUGGAAACCGAACAGGAAAGGCGAAGCCCAAGUCCCGAGUUUAUGCAAUUCGUUACGGCAGACGAGGCGGAAUCCGGCCCAACAAACACGGAAGUUCAAACGGAUCACCACGAAAGCUACGACGAGGUGGACAAGAUAAAUAUGUACAACGUGAAGAAGAUUCUUACCAAAGAACAGAUUCCCACCUUGGAGGAAAUAAAAGAAGGCAUGCUGAGAUACACCCCACCGAGCGAGGAGAGGAUAUUAAUCCCGUACAUAACGGACCUCUGUUUUCUGCUGACCAGAGACUAUACGGACUUGAACACGGACGAGGAGAAGAUAGAACGUUUGAAGAACCACUUCAUCACUCAGUACGCGGUUCUGGAAGACGUCGUAUUGGGGGAAGCAGAGGAAUUACCGGAGUUUUACAUGGUGGAGUACAUACAAUCCGGUUUGAAGAACAAGCGGUUGUGGGAGCGGAUAAAGAGUAAAUUGGUGAUCAAAAAGCCGAGCGGUAUGUCUGCGGUGUACCGAUUGUUAGAAGAAAACAACGGCAGGCAGGCAGAUUUUUAUUUAGCCAACCGGAUCGUUGAUUUCAUAUUCGAGAGAAAAUCUUUGGGAGUCGCAGGACCAGAACUUAAGGAGGAAUUCGGAUAUUUGGAGCGGAACUGUUCGCUGGAGACAAUCCUACAGGCACUGGUGGACUCAAGGAUAUUACUCCGCACCGGGGUGUGUUCAUUGACAUUCGUGCAUCACUUGCACCAGUCACCGUGGCUCGUCGAGACGUUCACCUUGUCCAACGACGAACAGAAAUUUUUAGAGGAAAAAGCCUCGUCCCACGCAAACGUCAAGGAGAAAAUAGACAAGCAGUUGCAAGAGAAAACUUUGAUCAGCAUAUCCGUGAUGCCUUGGAUUAAAGUCGACGGGACGUUGAACGAAGAAACCUUUAAAAUAUGGCUUUGCAACGUCUUGUCGCAUUGUCUGAACUGCCCGAAAAUUAUGUUUAUGAAGCUGUGCGAGAAGUUUUGUUACGUAAAACCCGUCGAUAUUUAUUUCCUGUUGGAAGCGCUACAAGAACUAGGCUGCGUGGAACUGUUUAUAUACGAGCACAAUGACCAAGGGUUAUUCUCGGAUUGGGAACAUAUUAAAGAACGGAACGCCACGUUUUUAGACCACUUCGAGAACAUGUACGUACUCCCGAACAAUGCGUCAAUGACGUGCAUGGGUUCCUUUUUCUAUGAGGAAUAAAUAAGUUUAUUUACGCUGUUGCCUUUAUACUGUUAUUCGUUUAAUAAAAAAACUAUCGGACGUU